GCAGGCUGACUUUAUUCACAAACUGCAGUUCUAGAGAGCUGUGCCUGCUGAAAACAGCGAGUUGAGACAGGGUAUUUUCACCACCACACUACAGAUUGCAAUAGGCUAGGAUUCGCCAGAUAAGGUCAGCUCACAAGCCAUGAAGUUGCUUCCUGCCAUUUUUGCCUUACUGUGGUGUGUUGCUGCUAGCCUGACGUGGGCUGCCAAAAUCGUUGUUGUGCCUCCUAUCAUGUUUGAGAGCCACCUAUACAUCUUCAAGACUCUGGCUUCUGCCUUAUACCAAGAAGGGCAUGAUUCUGUCUUCCUUGUUUCCGAGGGUCGUGAGGUGCCCCCAUCUCAUCACUACCGCUUUCAGCGAUACCCAGGCAUCUUUAACAGCACCACAGCAGAUGAUUUUCUGCAGUCCAAGAUGAAGAACAUCUUCUCAGGACGUCUGACUGCGCUAGAACUCUUUGAUAUCUUGGAGCACUACUCCCAGAACUGCGACCUUAUGGUUGGAAACCAGAACCUCAUGUCUCGCCUCAGGGAAGAAGAGUUUGACCUGGUCCUGGUUGACCCCAACGAGAUGUGUGGCUUUGUCAUUGCUCAUCUCCUAGGGGUGAGGUAUGCAGUCUUUAGCACAGGUCUGUGGUACCCAGCAGAAGUAGGGGCUCCAGCCCCCUUAGCAUAUGUUCCUGAAUUUAACUCCCUUCUCACAGACAACAUGAACCUUUUCCAAAGGAUUACAAACACAGCCGUCUACUUGGUCUCGCGCUUUGGGGUGCAAUUUUUAGUACUGCCAAGGUAUGACCGAAUCAUGAAGAAGUACAAUAUACAGCCAGAGGCGUCAAUGUAUGACUUGGUUCAAGGAAGCAGCCUCUGGAUGCUGUGUACAGACAUGGCCCUGGAGUUUCCACGGCCUACUUUACCUCAUGUGGUGUAUGUGGGAGGCAUCCUCACUAAACCUGCCAGCCCUCUACCAGAAGAGUUCCUAACAUGGGCUGAUACAACAGAAGAACAUGGCUUUGUACUGGUGUCGUUUGGAGCUGGAGUUAAGUACUUAUCUGAUGAUAUUGCGCAUACGUUGGCCGGAGCUCUGGGUCGGCUUCCUCAGAAGGUGAUUUGGAGGUUUUCAGGUACAAAACCCAGCAAUUUAGGAAAUAAUACUAAACUUGUGGAAUGGAUGCCACAAAAUGAUCUUCUUGGUCACUCAAACAUUAAAGCAUUCCUUAGUCAUGGAGGUCUGAAUAGUAUUUAUGAAGCGAUGUACCAUGGUGUGCCUGUAGUGGGAAUCCCGUUAUUUGGAGACCAUUAUGACACAAUGACACGAGUGCAAGCUAAAGGAAUGGGGAUCCUUCUGGAAUGGAAGAAGAUGACAGAAGAAGAGCUCUAUCAGUCAAUGGUUAAAGUCAUACAAGAUUCCAGGUACAGACAAGACGCCCAGUUGCUAUCCCAGAUCCACAAAGACCAGCCUGGUCACCCUGUAAGCCGCACAGUCUACUGGAUCAAUUACAUCCUCCGCCACAAUGGAGCCAAGCAUCUUCAUUCAGCUGUGUCCAGCAUCCCUUCCUAUCAAUACUUCCUUCUAGACGUAGCUCUAGUUAUGUUAGUAGGGACACUUAUAAUUCUGUAUACACUGUCCCGGAUUGUAAAAUUGAUUGCUGCAAGAGUGUGGUCUGGCUCAGUACAAAGCAAGGCCAAUGGAUACUGCCAUAAUGGAAUACCAAAUGGCAAACACAGAAGAAACGGCCACAUUAAACAUGACAAGAAAGUAAAAUGAGCAAGCUGGUGGUUCUUUAGUAAGCUAGUAUCAUUCAAAAUGAGAUUAAUUGUUUUUUUGUUAAUUUAAACUACUGUACUGUUGAACUUCAGGUAAUUUUAAGCAAACAAACAAAAAUCUCUUCCAUUUGUUUAGUAUUUUACUAAUUUUCCUACACAACACUCCUUUCUUUCUUUCUUUCUUUCUUGUUUUCUUUCUUUUGAGAAGCACAAAUACAUAGUUCAUUAUUUCUCAAUAGAUUGUUCUGUCAUUGAAACUGAAGGCCCAGGUGAUCAAUAUGAGUUUUGGCUUUUUUUUUUUUUUUUUUUUAAUGCCGAAUGAUCAGAUUGCACUGUGAAAAUGUAGCAUAUCCGCAGUAACAUCACUAAGAUUUUAGUACAAAAUUUAACAUACAAACAUAUACAAUUAUUGAGUGUUGAGGCUUCUUUGCAGCGAACGCGAGGUGACAAGUGAAUCUGUAGUACGACACAACGCACCACGACAAAAAAAAAGUAGAACAUGUAGUUUCGAUAUGAACCAUUCACACUAACUGCGAUGCGACUGGGCGACACUGAAGCGGUGCGCAAAAAAUAGGAUUGGUGUCUAUUUUUGCGAUUGUCAUACGGCAGCUAGGGAACUGACCAAUCAGAGAAGAGUGUGAAAGGUAGUGUUGCAGUGAAAGUAUCACUUUAUCACAGUACAAAUCGCAUUGCGUCUGGUGUGAAUAGGCCUUAGACUGUAAAAGACCAGAAAGUGACUUUUGUAUAGAUACAUUGGUCUCUGACAUCAGAAUUCUUGAGCUAAUGUUAUCCCCAGACAUUCUAAGAAGUAACUAGCUGUGUUCUUUCUUGAAAAUUGAAAGACAGAACUUGCAUUUCCAUUCCAGGUAAUCGUGAUGGGUACUGUACGUAUUAUACAGGUACAAAUCUGCUUCUAAAAAAUGGGGUUUGAUAAUAAUAAAAAUACACCACACUACAGAAUUAUAUGUCUAGCACGAGAAUUACAACAAUGAGAAAACAUCACUUGAUAGAUUUUUAGCGGCUGAUUUCACUGUAUUAAUCUAAUGUGUUGGUAAUCCUUGUAGAAAUCCUGUGAUUCAGUGCAGUCAUGAUUGCUUUUGAACAUAAACAAAAUAGGCAUGUUGUAUAAAUAUCAGAUACUUGCAGAACAUUUCUAACAGCAAAAUCUCACUAAGCCAUCUUGGAUUGUUCCUAUUCAGAUCUGUGAUAUAUAUAUAUAUAUAUAUAUAUAUAUAUAUAUAUAUAUAUAUAUAUAAUGAUCUCUACCAUACUACCAAGCCCUUUUAUGUUUUUGAUACUCUUUCAACAUAUUUACUCAAAAAAUUGUAAUUUCAAUAUAGAGUACUCCUAGUAUUUUUUGAUAACAUGUACUGUACUAUACAUGUGCAGAUCAAGGUUUGCAAUAAUAUUUAAAAUCAUCUAUGUGGAAAUGUAGUUUCUGCAGCUGCUAUCAGCAUACCUUUUAUUGUGACACAAUGGUUUGCAUUAUAGGUCAUUUCAGAUUUGCAAGAGACUACUGUAUCAGAUAUACUUCUGCAAUGUAAAGUUUUACAUGGGAUUGCUUACUAGUCAUUUGCCAAUGAAAAUGAUGGCUAAUAAUGAUUUACUUUUUUGGACCUAUGUAUAAUGCACUGGAUAAAAUCAAGUAGAAAUUCUAGUGAUAUUUUAACUGUAAAUGUAAUCAACAUACUUAUUCAGAUUUUGUUACUCUUACCAGUGCUUUUCUUAAUUUUACAUUAUCCAGCCUGGGAUACAAGUUUGUAGUCUCUCAUUACUUUUUUAAUGCAGCUGAUGACUUUUUUUACUCAUGCCUUUGUGAUGUGGAAGACUGUUUACUUAGUUGCUGCACUAAUUAUCUGUAUUUUAAUCUGCAUUUGUUAACGUGGCAUUAUAAAUCCUGUCUAAUUUAAAGAGACCAAACAUCUUUCAGAUCAUCUGAGAAUACAGAAAAUGUUCUGGACUUGUACUGACCAUCCCUCUAUGAGCCACCACCGAUUGUGCAAUAUGCUGUACUAGUAAAACUCUACAGAGAUGACUUGAUUUCAAUACUUGAACAUAAGUGGAAUGUAAAUAAAUACAUUCACAAAUUUUACACACUGUUAAAACAGUAGCAAUAAAGUUACAGUUGUAUUUACUUAAGGCUAUGAAUAGUGGGAUGAUAAACAAAAAGAAAAAAAAAUCUUAUGAUGUAGGAAUGUGUUCUGAGGUGUUUUUUUUUUUAAAUAAAAUGGUAUCCAGAGACAGGGAACAUUCCGUUAGUUUGAACGUCUGAACUUAGUAGUUAAGUUAUUGUGAAUAAUACGAAUAAAUAUGAAUUAAUAGCAAUAACUAAAAAAAAUAAUACAACUAAAUAGCAAGUAGAAUUAUUUUUAAAUGGUCUUUUGUGGAUGUUUGAUUGUUCAUACACAUGUAUCCUACAGGGAGAAUUGCCUACUCUUUACUGUAUGUCAGCAUGGGUUGUAUAUGACAUGGUUGUCCAAAGUGGUUAACUCAGAGGUAAAUGACAUAAUGGUGGACUUUUUUCUACAUUGCCCCACUGAGCAGUCUUUAAGCUCCACAAGGAUAUCUGUAUAGUGAGUGCUGGGGGUGGGGGGUGCUAAAGGUGCAUUUCACUAGCAUACAAGUCAUGGUGAUUUUUAUGUGUGUUGGUCUUAAAGAGCUUAAAGAUUUUGUCUACUUGGUAUUUGUUGAUAUUUGUCAAUAUUGUAAAUAUAACAUGUAAUAAAACAACAAUGAUUGAUGUUAAAUAAACAUUAGAUAUUUUGUUUGCCUUA